AUGACCUCGAAGACACUCAAGAAGUUUACCCGGGAGGAGGUUGCACAGCAUAAUAACGAAGAGAGUUUGUGGAUCAUUGUAGACUCGAAAGUCUACGAUGUGACACGGUUUAAGGACCUCCAUCCGGGUGGGGCUUCAGUAUUCCUGGACGAGGGUAUACCUGGAGAAGAUGCGACCGAAAUAUUUUAUGGCCUUCACCGGCAUGAAGUGCUUGAGCGUCCACAAUACGCCCGCCUGCAGAUUGGCACCAUUGAAGAUGAGGAGCAGCAAAUACGCGGGAAAGUAAUUGGGGAGAUUAGCGGCGUCCCAUAUGCUGAGCCAACCUGGCUCGUGGGUGGGUUCAAGAGUCCGUACUAUACUGAGGGGCAUAGGAAGUUCCAAGCCGCUGUGCGCAAGUUCAUAGACGAGGUCGUAUACCCUGAUGCCCAAGCGCGCGAAUUGGAUGGCAAGCGGCCGUCGCUGAGUGUCAUCGACAAAAUGGCGGAGAUCAACAUGCACGCGAUGCGCAUGGGCCCAGGGAAGCAUCUCAAAGGCCUCACGCUCAUGAAUGGACUUGUUACUCCCGAGGAGUUUGAUUAUUUCCAUGAAUUGAUCAUUCAGCAAGAGGUUACUCGGUGUGGUGCUCGCGGGUACGGCGAUGGUAUCCAAGCCGGCUGCGUCAUCGGACUAUCCCCUGUGCUCAACUUUGGUUCUCCGGAAAUAAAGGCGAGGGUCAUCCCCGAAGUCCUGGGCGGAAAGAAGUUUAUAUGUCUUGCGAUUUCAGAAGCACAUGCCGGGAGCGACGUCUUCGGGCUGCAGACCACUGCGAAGAAGACUGAAGACGGGAAGUACUGGAUUAUCAACGGUACGAAGAAGUGGAUCACGAACGGCAUGUGGGCAGAUUACUUCACCAUCGGGUGCAAGACAGAGGAUGGCUUCACAGUGAUCCUUGUGGAGCGCAGCGAUGGGGUGGCAACGAAGCCAAUCAAGACGUCCUACUCACCGACCGCGGGUACCGCCUAUGUCACUUUUGACAGUGUGAAGGUACCCGUGGAGAACACCCUCGGAGAGGAGGGUGGAGGUAUUUUCGUCAUGCUGAGUAACUUCAAUCACGAGCGAUGGGUGAUGUGCUGUACGUCAGCGCGGGGCCAGCGGUUGGUUAUUGAGCAAUGUAUGAAGUGGGUUACUCAACGAAAGGCGUUUGGCAAGCCAUUAAGUUCCCAAGCGGUGGUGCGGAGUAAGCUUGCAGGAAUGAUUGCUCGGGCGGAGAGCGUGCAGAAUUGGCUGGAGAACAUCACCUACCAGAUGUGCAAUAUGGACUAUAAGGAGCAGGCAAACAAGCUGGCAGGACAGAUCGCCUUUCUGAAAAUGUACAGCACGCGAUGUGCACAGGAGACCGCCACUGACGCCGUACAGAUCUUCGGUGGGCGGGGAGUCACUCAAUCGGGAAUGGGCCAAAUGAUUGAGCAUUACCAUCGGACAAUUGCGUUCGAUGCUAUUCUUGGAGGAGCCGAGGAUGUGUUGGCAGAUCUAGGAGUUCGACAGGCGAUGAGGAGCAUGCCGAAGGAUGCGAGAUUAUAA